CAGCACAAGAUCAAAGACUUAAGAAUUCUCAAGAGCAAAAGAAAUGCAAAACAUACAGCAGCAGGGAUUCCCACGUGGUCACCCACCGUAGUACUAAUCUGCCGUUCAACUGCUUAUGUAUGGCAGAGCGGACGGGAUGCCCAGUUUUCAGCUGACUGUGGCCGUAUGUGGUAA